AUGGCCAGAUCUAGUAAAGCGAUAGCGUUGCUCAUCUACGGAAUCAUGAUGCACUACAGCGCCUACUGCACGCCUAUUGGGAUGACUUUUUCCCAAGAUGAGGUAGACAACGAUGUAUUUGACGAAGACGGAAACUCGUUAAGCGACCUGGCUUUUGGCACUGAUCAAAUUGCUAUACGAAGUCCUCCAUCUCUCACGGAUGACCUAUACACGCUAUACUAUCCGCCAGAGAAAAGAACGGAAAGGCAUGCAGAUGGAUUAUUAGAUAGAGCCUUGAGGGACAUCCUGGUUCAGUUAUCAGCACGAAAAUAUCUGCAUUCUCUGAUGGCAGUUCGCGUAGGCGGAGGAAGCAGCGAGGAAGACGAAUCGGAACCACUAUCAAAAAGGCAUUCGGAUGGGAUCUUCACCGACAUAUACAGUCGCUACCGAAAACAGAUGGCCGUCAAGAAGUAUUUAGCAGCCGUCCUGGGAAGAAGGUACAGACAGAGAGUUAAAAACAAAGGACGUCGAUUUGCUUAUUUGUAGCGCUGACAAAACUGCCCCCAACUGCCCCUCCAUGUGUACAUUCAGUCCUAAGAUCAAAGUCAUUCUGAUAUAACUGAUUAAUCAGUGGAUCGCGCCUGUGUUCUUUAAACAUGUAUUUAUGUAUGAAGUAAAGCCAUUAAAAUGAAUAUUUUACUAAUAA